AUGGACAGCCACAAUCCGAACUCCUCCCAGAGCCAGAGCCAGAGCCAGCGACGCAGACUCACAAAGAAACCGCCCUCGAACCAUCAUCACGGCCACAGCUACUCAGUCAACGCCGAUGGUAGUCGCUUGGAUGCCCAGUCCAUCCAGAGCAAACGGAGCUCCACGAGUCUGAGGCGAGCUCCCAGCGCUCCACCCCAGAGGUCGGCCACCGCUGCCAGCAAUAGCAACAUCUCCAACUCCAACGCGUCAAACAACUCAUCGCCCCGUCAUCCUCCCUCCAAUUUCAACAACAACACCCUGCCGUCGCCUCCGCUGCAGGCUAGCGAGUUCCUGCCCUCGACCUUCUCACCAUCGCACCAGCUCGCCGCCCAGCCUAUCCAGCCCUCAUUAUCCCCGACCCAGACAUUCCCCACUGGCACUGGCACUGGCACUGGCAUUGGUCUGGGCUACUCGACGUCAACGAGAAACCAGCGUUUGUCCGACUCGCAUUCACCGCUGCCGCUGCGACAGCUCAGCUCCAAGGCAUCCGAAGACCUCAUUGGCGCGCCAUUCGACGGCAACACCAUCCUGCGUCACUUCGACAAGGCUGCGACAUCUCCCGUCCAUCAAUCGCCUCGCAGACUCAGUCGUCCCAUACUGGCCCCGCUGUCCAAGACCACCCGCGACCUUCGCACUAUGAACCCCCAUCUGCGUCAUUCCGCCAGCUUCUCUGCCGCCGACUCCAGGAUGUCCGAAAAGUCCCACGGCACGCGUGUCAACGACAGCCAGAUGAUCUCCCCGAAACGGUAUUCCGACGAGAGCAAAGGGCCAAAGGGACCUGGUAUCCUGAGGAAGAAGUCGGGCUUCUCUGGUCUCAUGAGCACAUUGGUAGGGUCUCAAAAGAAACCUGUCAUUUCAGCACCAGAGAACCCAGUUCACGUCACGCAUGUCGGCUACGAUAGUUCUACAGGCCAGUUUACGGGUCUCCCGAAAGAAUGGCAGCGUCUUAUCAACGAGAGUGGCAUCCCGGAGACUGCGCAAAGGGAGAACCCGCAGAUGAUCGCGGAUAUCGUCACAUUCUACAAGGAAACCACCGAGAAGCAACCCGAGGACCAGGUCCUUGAGAAGUUUCACGAUGCGAGAGCUCACGAGCUACGCACCCCCACAGGAGGAAUGGCCACAUCCCCCGGCAUGUAUGCGCCAAACAACUUUGCCGGUAUGUCACCUAUGAUCAGUCCACCAGCAAGUCCGAGAUUUCCAAUCGUGAAUAAUCAAGGCACCUUCGAGAACCCCCGCGCUCCACCGCCGGUACCGAUGCCUGGAAAGAGCCUAGCGAUGCAGUCGGUCCGGGAAUAUCCCAACAUGCAGCCCAACCGACCAGCCCCGAGACCUCCCGUUUCCCUGCAAACGCGGAUCGGACCCCAGUCGCCCUACCCGACGAAGGACUCGGGCAUUGGCAUGUCACAGCCUAGCGAAGAUCUGCCACCACUCGCCUAUGCCGCGCCACCCAAGGACGGUGUCCCCAUGCUUCCCGAGGAGCAUAGAUCGCGGUCGAACUCGCGAGUGAACGGAUCCCAGCCGCCAACCCCUCACACUCCUCACACGCCUGGCGGCCAAGCCUCCCCAGCGGUCCAGGCAGCCUAUCAACAGGAACUAAUGCAACAACAGCAGAAACAGGCCAUAGCACAGGCUCAGGCUUCUUUGAAAGGACAGCCAAGUCGAUCGCAAAGUACCAGACAGCCCGCGCCCCAGUCAGCAUCCACUGGUUCGCAGCAACAGGUUGGUCAUCCUUCGGAAACAAAUGGAGGCAGCGGUGCCGGUCAUCCUUCACGCCACGGACCAGGCUCGCAGGCUCGACCUCGGAACCGACAACGGCAAAGCAACAGCAUAGAUGUUACCGCCCAAUUGAAGCGCAUCUGUUCGGAAGGUGAUCCUCGAGACAUCUACAGGGGGUUCAACAAGAUCGGCCAAGGUGCAUCUGGAGGUGUCUACACAGGCCACGAAAGAGGCACAAAUCGUCUGGUGGCCAUCAAGCAGAUGAACCUAGAGCAGCAGCCCAAGAAGGAUCUGAUUAUUAACGAAAUCUUGGUCAUGAAGGAAAGCUUGCACCCGAACAUUGUCAACUUCAUUGACAGCUAUCUUGCCGGUGGCGAGCUAUGGGUCAUCAUGGAGUUUAUGGAAGGAGGUAGCCUGACGGAUGUUGUUACCUUCAACAUCAUGACAGAAGGACAGAUAGCCUCGGUUUGCCGCGAGACCCUGAAAGGUCUUCAGCAUCUGCACUCCAAGGGUGUCAUCCACCGAGACAUCAAGUCGGACAACAUCCUGCUAUCGUUAGAGGGCUGCAUCAAGCUCACCGAUUUCGGCUUCUGCGCCCAGAUUAAUGAGGCACACAACAAGCGCACAACAAUGGUGGGGACGCCGUAUUGGAUGGCACCAGAAGUGGUCACUAGGAAAGAAUACGGCAGAAAAGUCGAUAUUUGGUCACUAGGUAUCAUGGCGAUCGAGAUGAUAGAAGGAGAGCCGCCUUAUCUGACCGAGUCACCUCUCCGGGCCUUGUGGCUUAUCGCUACCAACGGUACGCCCCAGAUCAAGGAUGAGCAGAGUCUGAGUCCCCUGUUCCGGGACUUUCUGUACUUCGCCUUGAAGGUGGAUCCAGAGAAGAGAGCAAGCGCACACGAUCUACUUCGGCACGAUUUCAUGAAGGUAUGCGUCGACUUGGGAUCCCUAUCUCCCCUCGUCCGCGCUGCUAGGGAAGCUCGGCAACAGGAGAAAGCACGCAAAGGCCAGUGA